CACCCCGCCCCGCCCCGUCUCACCGACCCCCUGGCCUCACCGGCCUAGCGCGAAUCGCGCCAACCGCCGCUUUCCUCCCGUCGUUUAUUCGCAACGGCUCGUCGUCCCCGAGGCCCCCUUUUGUUUUCGCCCCCUUUGGUUUCCUUGCCCUCGCGCGCGCGCAGCUGUCCGCCCCGCCCCCCGCCGGAUACCCGCUCGCCCUCCAUUCCGGCGGUUGCAACCCCCCGACCCGCGUCGCGCAGCAACCGCCAUGCCCCCUCCACCUCUCCCCGCGCUCCAUGACCAACGUCUCUCCCGCUUCUUGUCGGGCCCAGCAGCCUCCUAGCUAAGCUUCCCUCGCCGGCCUCUUCCUCCUGCGAUUCCCCUUUCAAGCGUUCGUGCAAGCGUCGACGUCCUUGGAUCUUUGCUUAAUUAGGCGGGAGGACGGCCGGCCGUUGGUGAUGGGCGGCCUCUGCUCCAAGGAGGGCGUCGUGGAGGCGCCGCACGCCGCCGAGGGGCAGCUGCAGAAGGCGCCGAGCCAGUCCCUCAAGCAGCUUAUCACGCUCGCCGCCAAGGAGGAGGACGCUGCCGUCGUGCACGCCGUCAUCGCCAGGACGGAGUCGAACGCCAAGGCCAAGGCGGCUAAUUGCGGGGCCGCGCCCGCGCCUGCGAAGGAGAUGGAGAAGACCGCGCCUCCGGUCGUCGUCAUCACGUCCCUCAGCAAGUCGUACAGCACCGCCGGGGCGCCCACGCACCACCGGCGGGCCACGGUCGACAUCGGCAGCAACGCUGCCGUGGACCACAGCACGCAGGUGAUCUCCAGCAUGCCGCAGGGAUUCUCCGGCGAGCACGUCAUCGCGGGCUGGCCCUCCUGGCUCACGUCGGUCGCCGGAGAGGUCGUGGAAGGCUGGCUGCCCCGUCGAGCCGACACCUUCGAGCGACUGGACAAGAUCGGGCAGGGCACGUACAGCAACGUGUACAAGGCGCGGGACCUGGAGAGCGGCAAGAUCGUGGCACUGAAGCGGGUGCGGUUCGUCAACAUGGACCCGGAGAGCGUGCGGUUCAUGGCGCGGGAGAUCCACAUCCUCCGGCGGCUCGACCACCCCAACGUGAUCAAGCUCGAGGGCAUCGUCACCUCCCGCCUCUCGCACAGCCUCUACCUCGUCUUCGAGUACAUGGAGCACGACCUCGCCGGCCUCGCCGCGCUCCCAGGGCAGCGCUUCACGGAGCCGCAGGUCAAGUGCUUCAUGGGCCAGAUCCUCGAGGGCCUGCGCCACUGCCACGCCCGCGGCGUCCUGCACAGGGACAUCAAGGGAUCCAACCUGCUCAUCGACGACAACGGCGUGCUCCGGAUCGCCGACUUCGGGCUCGCCACUUUCUUCGACCCCGACCGCAGGCAGCCCAUGACCAGCCGCGUCGUCACGCUCUGGUACCGCCCGCCGGAGCUCCUGCUCGGCGCCACCGAGUACGGCGUCGCCGUAGACCUGUGGAGCACCGGAUGCAUCCUAGCCGAGCUGCUCGCCAGCAAGCCCAUAAUGCCCGGGCAGACCGAGAUCGAGCAGCUGCACAAGAUCUUCAAGCUCUGCGGGUCACCAUCGGAGGACUACUGGGCGAAGGCGAAGCUGCCGGACGUGACGCUCUUCAAGCCGCAGCGGCCGUACAGACGCAAGAUCGCCGAGACGUUCAAGGACUUCUCUCCCACUGCCCUGGCGCUCCUCGACACGUUGCUCGCCAUCGAACCGUCGGCCCGCGGCACGGCAGCCUCCGCUCUCGACAGCGAGUUCUUCAGGACCAAGCCGCUGGCGUGUGACCCGGCUAGCCUGCCCAAGUACCCGCCCAGCAAGGAGUACGACGCCAAGCUCCGCGGCCAGGAGGCAACUCGGCAAAACACGACGGCCAUCGGAGGCAAGGGCUCCAUAUCCGUCAAACCAGGGAGAGACGACGGCAAGGCCGCGCCGGCUCAGGACGCCAUUGCAGACUACCAGAGGAGGCAGGCGCGCGCCAAUCCAAAGAGCACCAGCCACCACUACAGCUCGCAGGAGGACAGCGUGCCGGGCUUCCGCAUCGAGCCGCCGGCCGUAGCCGGGCGCGGGCCGGUGACGAUGCAAACCGCCGGCUUCGGGUCGACGUGGUACAAGAACGACCAGCGGGCGGUCCCGCGCACGUCCAGCUCCGUCAGGGUGUCGCAACUCACCUCGCAGCGGUCCUACGCGCAGUCCCGGGGCACCGACCUGCACCCGAGCUCGUCGGCCGCCAGGAACGCCAACUCCAGGUACAACCGGCUCGACGUUGCCGAGCCGGCGAACGCCAUGGACCGGCCCGGCUCCACCCACAAGAAAGACCUCGGCAUGAGGGACACAUCAGCUGGUUUCGGCGGGAGGAACAAGAGGAUCCACUACUCUGGGCCGCUGAUGCCGCCCGGCGGGAACAUGGAGGACAUGCUCAGGGAGCACGAGAAGCAGAUCCAGCAGGCGGUACGCAAGGCGCGAGUCGAGAAGGAGAAGACGAUCAGGCACCAUUACUGAUAAAAAAUGGCAUCAAGUUGGCAGCCAUGGCGGUCAUGGUCUCAGCCCAGAGCUUUGGCGCCUCAGCUCGAUGCACAGGGAGAUCUCCAUGGAACAGAGGCGAGAUCAUCGAUGAAAGAACACAUGAAGGCAGCGUCUCGCAGCAUUCGGGGUUGCUAAGAGUUGGGCUCUCCUUAAUCCAUGUGUAUAAUAGCUGUGGUAGAGAGGCUUGAAAAGCCUGACAGGGAAAAGAGACCUGUGCACGAGGCAGAUUGUAAAGAUCCCCCCAAAAAAAGAAAAUGUGUGAGUAUCCGAUCAACUUGUUGCAAUUAGACACUCUAACAACUUAGUUUGCAACUCUGGAU